UUAUCACGAAAAGCUGAUUGUUUUUAAAUCUAUAUUCUUGAAGAACCUUUUUUUAUAAAAUUGUACAGAUCAUGGGUGAAGGAACAUAUUACGAAAUUUUAGGCAUUGAGGCUAAUGCCACAGAAGACGACAUUCGUAAGGCUUAUAGAAAACAAGCUUUAUUAUGGCACCCUGAUAAGAAUGUUCAGAGAAAAGAAGAAGCAGAAGCAAAAUUUAAACUGAUCGCUGAAGCAUAUGAAGUGUUGAGUGAUCCUGAAAAAAAACAAGUUUACGAUUUAUAUGGUGAAGAAGGGCUUAAAAAUAAUGGUUCUAGUCAAGAUUAUGAUUUCAGACCAAAUUUCGGUUUUCAGUUUCAUGAUCCUAGAGAAAUAUUUAAUAGUUUCUUUAAUGGAAGAGAUCCAUUUGCUGAAAUGUUUGGAAACCAAUUCUUUGGUGGUGGUGGUGGUUUUGGACGCAUGCCUGGUUUCGGUACAAGAUCUCCAUUUGAUGAUGAUGAUGGUUUUUUUUCCAGCCCAUUUGGUAAUUUUGGACCGUCAGGAUCAUCAUAUUCAUUCUCGUCGUCGUCAUCAUCAUCGUCGUCUGGAGGAGGUCAAGGUGGAUUCGUGAGUCGUUCAAUAAGUACAAAAAUUAUUAAUGGUGUUGCAACAACAGUCACUAAAACAGUGGAUGCACAGGGUAAUGAAACAGUUAUCACGGAAACUUCUGAUGGAAAACGACAAACUCUUGUGAAUAAUCAACCACGAGAACAACAACGAGCAAUUGAUGAUGGUCGAAGGACUACUAAUAUACCUAUUCAAGAUGUGAAUUCAUAUUACGCACAACGUCAACAACCUCAAUUUCAACAACCUCAACAAUUUCAACAAUUUCAACAAUUUCAACAAUAUCAA